ACCAUACGGGGAUCUUUUGUUUAAGGAUGGAGGAUUCUAAACGACGCGUUACUCGCAAGAAUUCGCAAGAUUGGGAAUGGCGUCCUAGGGGAUUCAGAUCACCCAGAGAAAAGGGGCAUCUUCCGAAAGGUAGAAGAGACGAGAAUAAGAAUAUCGUCGGUUCCUCGAAUACUAUAUCGGAAACUGGCGCGGACGGCUCGAUGACGGAAGCUCGCAUCGAACCGGGCUGGCGUAUCAACGAUAUUCUUUUGGCGGCCAAAGUUCUGCAAAAUGCACGACCCUCGCCAAAUUAUGCCAACGAGGCCGAAAUGAGACGCGUUUUUGGCUUAGUAUACGACGUUCUGAGAUAUAAAAAUAUCUUGAAUCGUACACUCGAGGACGGUGGUUUUUGGUAUACAAAUAAUGCUUUGAAACAACGAGAACGAGUAGUCUGGUUACUAUUGUACGAUAUGCAGGGAAGAAAAUUUGCCCAUCGACGUGGGAGUGCAUGCGAGACUCGAGAGAAAGUAUUUGAGACUGUCGGAUUAAAAGAUAUUGAAGAUGCACUUUUGAAAGCAAAAACGCAUUUAGCGGCAAGCAUCUCACGUCUUCGUAUCAGCGAUUCAGCCCUCAUUCUCGACGAGCUUCUCCCGUCGCAUCUGCGUAUCGCGGAAGGAAUAAGUUGGACCGAUGAAGGCGCGAUUGCUUCCGGAUGGAUCAAUACUAUGAGAGUGUUGAGUAAAAACGAAUUCAUAAAGGAUAUGUCAAAGCUAAAACUUCAACUCGGUAAUGAUACCGAAACAGGAGAGCUCGAUGAGAACAAGUAUGUCUUUGAUCCAAUUUGCCCCAAGAUGAUUAAUUUGCACGAUAAGGCACGAGAGAAACUCGCCGUAUCAGAUUUGGUUCGCGACCAUCGAUUCAUCUUUUUGGAAAGAUCAUUGUGUCUUGGAGCGGCUACGUUAGCGCAGGCGAUACGUGUUGCUCGUCUUUGUGGUCCCGUAGUUCUCACGCAUUCGAUCGCCCCUCGUCACACGGGUUACUUGGCCGGACUCUUGGCCGACAUCGAGGAUGCCGGGAGACUGUUAGCUUUCGGUGUUGGAGAUCGUCGUUGCGAGUACGAAGCAUACCUCACGAAUUUAGGCGUCACUUUGCAACAAUGCGCAAUGUUUUCCGAAAAAUACAUUUCAUCACCAUCGUCCGUAGAAUUGGAAAGAGCGACUGUUGUUUUGGCGACUCCCCCGUGUAGCUACACCGGCGUCCGGGACAUUGUCGAUCUUGCCGUUGCUCGCGGUGGUGACAUUAAUUUAUUAGAAUCGUUAACCAGCGAUACAGCGGGUGGGAUCAAACAGCCCCGCGCUCUUCUGGCCGAACAAUUUUCCACGCUCAAGUAUGCAUUAACUAGACCAAAUAUACAGUUUCUAAUAUACGAGGUGCAUACAAUCUUGCCAUCCGAAACUACGGAUAUGAUUCAUCAAGUUGUCGAAUAUGCGAAUCAAUUAGCUAUGGAAAAAUACAUUCGUGAGCAUCUUCCAAAGAGAAAGACAUUAUCCAAAGACGGAAAGAUUCCAAAGUCGAUUAAAACUGAUGUGCAUAGGCAGGAACAAUCGCGAGAACAUUGGGAGGACCAAUCGCAAAUGCAACACGAACAAAUGUUUUUGUGCAAGCGAGAGGACGAGGGAGAUGAAAAGUUGUUGGAUACGACUGAUAUUGUUAUCCCCGAUAGCGAUUUGUUCGAAGUGGGAACUAUCGAUGAAAUUUAUGGCGAAACAAACGAACAUAUGUUGGAUCCAGGCUGUUUCAUCGCUGUGAUAAAACGGAAGGAAAUGAUGCAGUUUGAUUCGCUUUUCAUGAUCAAAGUGGCAGAAUCAAAAGGACUAUUUGGUGAUCCUGAUAAACAACGAAAUCCGAAGCAAAAAACCGAAAUACCAUCGGCGACAAAACGUCAAACGUUACAAAUCAGUCGCAGAGGUUUCAAGCGUAUCAAAGUCGAAAUAGAUCGCGUAGCAGCGCCUACACAUGCUUGGAUGCUGCGAGCUACGAAUAAACGUCAACCAUGUCCUCGUCACAGUCGACACAUUGUUCGAGAUGAAAAGUUAUCAUCGAUGCAAAUACGUGAAACACGGAAACGAGACGCACGUCGAUGGUGGCGAGAUGCAAUCACCUUCCUGGUUGAUUCGAAAAGUCAUCGAAAUAUUAUGAAGGAUUCCCAGUUUUAUGCGACGCGUUCGGAUCCAUUUACGCAAAAACCACUAUAUCCUUUUCACGCGAAGAAAAUGCCGUUAAAAUGCCAUCGUCGUCCUCGACAGAGAAACUUGGCAUUCGAUUUCAUCUAGAAUUUAAUUUAAUCGUAUAAUUGCGCUAAUGCUCCUACAAUUGUCGAUAUUAGAAUGUUGAUAAAUAUAAUCAGCAUGUCCGUAACGUUGAGAGAAAAUACCGUAGACUUUUAACUUUCGUAUAUGCAACACACAC